UUGAGUCUGGCUGUAUGAUAAGCGCGGCGCUCCCCCUCCCUCAGCCGAGAGCGAAGCAGCGCAACGGGGAGGACAGAGCACAGAGGCUCCCGUCUGAGAGAUGGGCUCCAGCGCCCGCGCGGCCGUACCCGGUAUCAGUGAGAGCGCGUCGGGCAGUGCGGGGGAGCGGCUGAGGAGCUGCUGGCAGGGUUAGAGCGCUGUAGCGGAGUUUAGGAUGCGGGAAGAGGAGGAGGAGGACACCGCGACGUCUCCGCUCCGGAUCUCCAGGACAAGAUGGCAGCAGCAGCAGCAGCAGCGCAGACCCGAGAGCACGGAGUGAGGCGGGUUUAAGAGUUUAAAAUGUUCGGAGAAGCGUCGGAUCUGUCCAGCUCUUCCCCUCCGUGAAGGUAUGGCCUCACAAGUUUUGGUCUACCCACCACAUGUUUAUCAAACUCAGACAAGUGCCUUUUGCAGUGUGAAGAAACUCAAAGUCGAACCCAACAACUGUGUUUACCAUGACAGGGCCUUCCCACUGACUUUUUUGAAUGGUAGAACCCUUGGCAUUGCACAGCCGACGAAACUUGCACCCACGUACAAGACACGGGACUUUGCGGCCGGCAGACGCCACUGGCAGGACUUUCCAGUGCAGACUGUUGCUGUACAAGGUGUACAACGACAGGCGAUCUGCGCAACUGCAGCAGCAGGAGCAGCAGCAGCAGCACCUCGUCAAGAAAGAGGUGUCCGGUCACCGGGAAAAGAGCCGGAAAAAGGCAGGAAGAGCAGCAGUGGAGCUCCAGGGGCAGCUGGAGGGGUUAGGGGCGAGGACAGUGGAAGCAGAGGAGGCGGGGGCGGCUGCUGCGGCGGAGGAGGGGGAGGACGACAGCAAGGUGAGGGUGGUGGUGGAGGGGUUGACGACGAGGGGGCGGGAGAGGACACCUGCGAUUUUAACUUGGCGGACAGUUCCCAGCGAUGCGGGCUGAAACGUAAGAGCGAGGAGCUGGAGAACGUGGGAAGCGCCAUGCAGAUAGUGGAGGACCUGUCCAUGUUACCCGCAAUGUUGCAAGCGAAUGUGGGGAACCCGCCGGUGGCGGUCCCGGCGGCAGCGGUAGGAGGAGGUCCUGUCAAACAGGGUGGAGGAACAGGCGGUGGAGACGGCGACUACCAGCUGGUGCAGCACGAGGUGCUCUGUUCCAUGAAGAAUACCUAUGAGGUGCUGGACUUCCUUGGCCGCGGUACCUUUGGCCAGGUGGUGAAAUGCUGGAAACGAGGAACCAGCGAGGUGGUGGCUGUGAAGAUCCUGAAAAACCACCCCUCGUACGCGCGGCAGGGCCAGAUCGAGGUGGGCAUCCUGGCCCGCCUCAGCGGGGAGAACGCGGACGAGCAUAACCUGGUGCGGGCCUUCGAGUGCUUCCAGCACCGUAACCACACCUGCCUUGUGUUCGAGAUGCUUGAGCAGAACCUGUACGACUUCCUCAAGCAGAACAAGUUCAGCCCGCUGCCUCUCAAGGUGAUCCGGCCCAUUCUUCAGCAGGUCACCACGGCGCUGAAGAAGCUGAAGGCCAUGAAUCUGAUCCACGCCGAUCUCAAGCCUGAAAACAUCAUGCUGGUGGACCCGGUGCGACAGCCGUACCGGGUGAAAGUCAUAGACUUCGGCUCGGCCAGCCACGUCUCCAAAGCAGUGUGCUCCACGUACCUCCAGUCACGGUACUACAGGGCUCCGGAGAUCAUUCUGGGCCUGCCGUUUUGUGAAGCCAUAGACAUGUGGUCGCUGGGCUGUGUGAUAGCUGAGCUCUUCCUCGGCUGGCCCCUCUACCCUGGGGCUCUGGAGUUCGACCAGAUUCGCUACAUCUCUCAGACGCAGGGUCUGCCAGGAGAGCACUUGUUGAACGUUGGGACGAAGACGUCACGCUUCUUCUGCAGAGAGUCGGAUUCCCCUUAUGCAGCAUGGAGAUUGAAAUCAACAGAAGAGCAUGAAGCAGAAACCGGGAUGAAGUCAAAGGAAGCCAGAAAGUACAUCUUCAGCUGUUUGGAUGAUAUAGCGCAUGUGAACUUGGUGAUGAAUCUGGAAGGCAGUGACUUGAUGGCAGAGAAGGUGGACCGUGGAGAGUUUGUGGUCUUGCUGAAGAAGAUGUUGUUAAUAGAUGCAGAGAAGAGGAUAGUCCCCAGUGACGCCCUCAACCAUCCCUUUAUCACCAUGCAGCACCUGCUGGACUUUCCCCAAAGCAACCAUGUCAAAUCAUGUUUCCACAUCAUGGACGUGUGCCGGUCACGUCCUGGCACAUACGACACCAUCAACCGGAACAAAGCUCCGUUUGUGAGGCCUGUCACCACCUCGGCCCCCAACCUGACCGUGCCCUUCAGCAAGAUGGCCAGCGUGCACACUCAACCAAUGGCCCCAUCUGCUCCCUCUCUUAUGCAUCCUGGGAUCCCACUGCAAACCGGAAGUGCUCAGUUCGGGGACGCCUUUCAGCAAGCACUGAUUCUCUGUCCCCCGACUAUACAAGGUCUCCCUCCCAACCCAAAUAAGCCAGCAGGCUAUUCUGUCCGGAUGGAGAACACAGUACCCCUGGUGACCCAGGCCCCUGCCAUCCAGCCUCUACAGAUUAGACCAGGGGUCAUCACACAGCAGGCCUGGUCUAACCGGGCCCAGCAGAUCCUGGUACCAGCCUGGCAGCAGGUGACCGCGGUGGCCCCCCCAGCAACCACACUGGCCUCUGAUACUGUGGCAGGCCCACAGAGAUUAGCAGACUGGGGGAAAGUUCGCCCUCAUGGAAACCAUUACACCUCCAUUAUCCCCCACCCUCAGCCUCUCCUAACCAACCAAAUGACCAUGUCAGCACAUCAGCCCAUUAGCAUAGGCAUCGCUCACGUGGUGUGGCCACAGCCAGCUGCUAACAAGAGAAAUAAACUCUGUGGAAACAGGAGCAACUUCUUAUACAACACCAACACCCAGAACUCCACCUGCCAGUCCCCAAAGAUAGCUAACAAUGGGAAAAACGCGGAGGAAGUGGAAGGUCACUGUCAGGAAGCAGAGUGUGUGGUGGUGGAGGCGGAGUUGCAGGCAGUGCAGGAGGAGGAGCCUGCGUGCUGUAAGGCGGAGCCGGAGCCCAACGAGCUGGGCGUGUCCCAGAAGCAGAGGCAGGCCAUUGUGAUAGCGGAUACGCCCAGCCCGACCAGUAGCGUCAUCAGCAUCAGCAGUGAUACAGACGAGGAGGAGGAGCAGCAGAGAGUGCAGAGACACUCCAUAGAGUGUAAAGGCAGUCCAGAGUGUGAGGCGUGUCAGAGCACACUGAAUAUGGAGCGUGUGUGUUCACUAAGCAGUCCUGACUCCAGCCUCAGCACCAGCUCCUCAGCUUCACUGCAGUCCAGCGCUUCACCCUGCAAGAGACCCAACAGUAUGUCUGAUGAUGAGCGUGAGAGUGGAUGUGACACGGUGGACGGAUCGCCUGCCUCUGACUCCUCUGGUCAGGUGGACAGUCCUUUUCUGGAGAGCCGCUACAUCGCUGACCAGAACAAGAACUGCAAGCCUCACGUCACCACGGAGACGGAGACGGGCAAACCGCCCAUCCGGACCAUGGUGGUUCCUCCCAUGAGGGUCCAGAACAACAACGAACCCCUGGCCAGGACAGUCCUAGAGUCGUCCUGCCUGUCCAAAAACCGCAGUGGCCACAGCAGACCGCUCCACCACUCCACUUCACUUUUGAACCGGCAACACAAGAUCACCCCUGCAUCCCACCAUCAGCAACCCCUACAGCCACAGCAGCCGCCGCCCACUUUUGGACAGGUUCAGCACUUCGGCUCCUCCCACCAGGAGUGGAACGGCAACUAUGGUCAUCGUCGGCCUCAGGCCUUCAUCCCGCCUACGGUGCAUGGCCACACCUUCACCUUACCGCACGGCAGCCCCACCCACACUACGGCCCACCCGCCUCCGCCGCACCUGGGCGUCCACCCGCACGCCCACGGCCAGCCCGCCCUGCUCUCCUACCCCCCUACCGCUCCUCUGGUGACGGCCGCCCCCAUGGCCCACCUCCUGGCCUCGCCUGGUGCCACGCGGAGCCACGUCCUGCAGCCGGCCUACAGCCUGUCCCACCCGGCCGGCCACAUGGUGCACCAGGUCACGGUGGGCCUCAACCCCCGCCUGCUGCCUUCACCUACCCUCCACCCGCAGGGGCAGUUCAAGCCCCUCUUCCCCCCGCACUCCUUCAUUGCCUCACCCGCAUAUGCAGGCUUCCCCCUCAGCCCCACCAAACUCAGCCAGUACCCCUACAUCUGAGACCCCGCCCUCCACCCGCCCCCGCCUGCGCCGCCGGUUCCCUAGCUUUAGCCAUCAGGCCUAAAGCCGCGCCCUUUACUGGAACCACAAACCACCUGGUCU